AUGAAGUGCUCAGCCAAUCACUUCCUCGCCAUUCUAGGCUUUGCCAGCUCUGUCGCAGCCGACUUUCAUAUCCUGACAGGCCCAUGCUCUAUUGCUCCUGGAUGGGGCGGCUCCCUCUCAGACACCACGAUGGCAUGUCCAUCCAACUACUACAACUGCGACUGCUUGAUGAACGGUGACCGCGCCGGCCAUGUCAUUAGUGGGCAGACGCCAACAGUUGGUAUUCACACCACGGGAUCCAACUACUUUGAGCUUGAUGGCAUGUGCGGUGUGGGCAACAUGAACUUUUAUCUCCAGGGCGACGGCUCUUGGAAGUUCUAUAUUGCUGGCGGAGACGGCUCUGAACAGGGCACAUGCUAUCCUGGAGAUAACAGCACUAAAAACUGCAACAGCUUUAGCGCUGCCUGCAGUUUUGGCAAUAUUUUGGAUUGCUACUCGUACAUUUGCAAUUAA